AUGGAGUCUGAUCCAAAAAAUGCCAGUCAGGAUAAAAACUUCAAUUAUUUGAUUCAUUACGAAAAAAAUAAUAUUCCUAAUAAUUCAAACUUAAGAUAUUGUGGUCGAAAUAAUUUUAUCCGUAAUUAUUUCAAUGAAACAAAUAACAUUCACUACGAAGAAUUGUGUUUAAACGAGACGCAACACGGUAUAGAAAACGACAAUAGUUUCGAAGAUUUUGAUAUUAUUUUGGAUUUAGAUAAUUACGAAUUUAUAACAAAGAUUAAAGAAACAGAAAGUUAUCCAAAUCCCGCACACAACUGGAGUCCUUUGGAUGACCAUAAUUACUGUUUAAAACCGCUCCCGGAGAAACGCGAUACUAUAAAACUUAAAGAUUUUUAUAAUUUAAAAACUUUUAAUGGUCCCAUACACAAUGAUAUUGAUGACGCUCUCAAAAAACGCAAAGAAAAUUCAGAUAGCUCUAGCGAAAAAAAUAUGUCUACAUUACAAUCGAAAGAACCAGAAAUUUACAUUAUAUCUGACGAAUCUGAAAAUGAGCUUGCAAUAUCUAUAUCUUCAGAUGACAAUGAUUCGGAUUGCGAAAUCAUAAACGAUUUUACACCUGAAUAUGGACCUAAAAAUUAUAAAAUGACACAUGAAAAAAUCGUUAAAAAUGUAGAUAUACCUAAAAAAUACGGCCUCAGUAAUUUAAAUGUCACUAAUCAACAUGACAUUCCAAAUGAAACAGAGUAUAUUAAUAUGUUUGAAACGCACAUACCAUACCCAAUGUACUGUAUGGAAAAUAAAAGUAUAUAUAAAAAUGUUUGCAAUAUUGAAUACCAAGACAUAGGCUUCGAUAUGAGAUUGUGUAAAAACGAUGACUUGAAAGAGAAUUGUGAGUAUUGA